UUAAGUGACAAAGAAAGGGAGAAAAUGUAGCGAAAACUGAAUUUGGGAGAACCGAUAUAUUCCAUUUGAAUUUAAAGCUGAAUUAAAGCAAUAUAUUGCAGUUGAUGCGCUGGAAACGGCCAAUUAAUAUUUUUUGGUUUAUUAAAACUACAGUAUUUGUUUGAAAAAGGUGUUGAACCCAAUUGAGUGGCGUAAGUGUGACGUUGUCUUCCGCUAAAUGAGCGCUUGUCCAAUAAUCUGUGAUACGUCAAGAAGCUUUCAAAACAGAGAUCCAAAGGAGUCAUACACAAGUCCAAGCCGCAUAUUCAGAUCCCAGGGUCAUUUUGGUCAUAAAGCGAAAGUUUUCUCUUCAUUGCAUCUCACGUUCACCACAAUUAUACAGGGAGAGUGAGUGCUUGAUCUUUCUCUUCCAGAAGUAGAGAGACAGUGAGAGAAAAAAAAUGGGUAGAAGAGCGGACGAGGAGUAUGAUUACUUGUUCAAGAUAGUGUUAAUAGGAGAUUCAGGAGUUGGGAAAUCAAACUUGCUCUCCAGAUUCACUAGAAAUGAGUUCUGUUUGGAGUCUAAAUCUACUAUUGGCGUUGAAUUCGCCACUCGUACUCUCCAGGUCGAGGGAAGGAUCAUCAAGUCUCAGAUCUGGGACACUGCUGGACAGGAGAGAUAUAGAGCUAUUACCAGUGCGUACUAUAGGGGGGCUCUUGGUGCCCUUCUGGUAUAUGAUGUGACCAAACCUACCUCCUUUGAAAAUGUCAGCCGGUGGUUAAAGGAACUGAGGGAUCAUGCAGACUCCAACAUUGUGAUUAUGCUCAUUGGGAACAAGACUGAUCUGAAGCAUCUCCGAGCUGUUGCUACAGAGGAUGCUCAAAGUUAUGCUGAAAGAGAAGGGCUUUCUUUCAUCGAAACAUCUGCCUUGGAGGCAACAAAUGUUGAGAAGGCUUUCCAGGUAAAUCUUUCAGAAAUUUAUAGGAUAAUCAGUAAGAAGUCGCUCUCUUCAGAAGACCCAGCACCUGCUAACAUUAAAGAAGGAAAGACUCUUGUUGUUGGAGCAGAUGAGAUAAACACCAAGAAAGCAUGCUGCUCUGCAUCUUAAUGAUCAUAAGUUCUUUCAAUCCGCUGUUUGAUUCCUUAUUUUCAGUCGAUUGCUUUUAUACUUUUGUUAUAAUUAUUAUUAAUUUUUGAACUUAUUUGUUUUAUAUUUCCUACCAGUGUCUUGAUCCUUUUGUUAUAGUUAUUGUAAUUAAAUUUUGAACUUGUUCUUGAUUGGGGUCAAAUAGAACUGCUCACACUUCGAGUA